UCUAGUACCAAUAUCCAACAAUGACAUUUUCAAAGAUGUAUUCUGGUAUCGGAGCAUUACUUCUGUUUGUCGUCUGCUUGGCAAUAAUGAACCUAUCAGUUGGGGAACAAAGAAUGUGUGGCCAAGGAUUGAGACAAACCAUGGAAAUGAUGUGUCCAAACGGUUUUGGAGGAUACAAAAUACUAAAACGAAGCGGACUAAAUCUUGAUGGAGACUUAAGUAUUGAAGACACAAAUGAAGACUUCAAUUUUGGUUUGAGCCUUGAUAUGUUGCCACUUUUGACAAGCAUGGACAACGGUGGCUUAGCCAAGAUCCGACGACGCAGACACGGAAUUGUGCAUGAAUGUUGUGAUAAGCCUUGUACAAUGAGUGAAAUGAUGUCUUACUGUCGUUAAGUUUAAAGAUCUUCUCUGAAACAAUGCUGAUUACAACAACCUUGGAUAUGUGACUGGAUGAUUAGCUUGAAGAUUAAUUUUAAAAUAGGAUCUUAGCUUUUAAUGAUCGUUAAUUUAAAUUUAAAAUUCACUAAAUUUUACUUUUGUUAAAAUGUUAUCAUUUUUAUAAUUUUAAUCUCAAAUUGUAAAACAAAUUC